AGGUGCUGUAUUUUUACCUAGAGCAACUUUGUUGAUACUAUUUUAAACUACUUUGCAAGGAAUCAAUUUACAAUAGUGUGUUUGCUGGCACACUGAGAAUCCAACAUUUGAGCAGGGAUUAUCAAGAUAUUUCAAGUGGACAGAGAUCUUCAACUGCCAUAGGUUACUAAAGUGCUUAGCUAGCCAGGGAGCUGCCUGUCGAGUUACUUCUCACGUGUAACUGCGACAAGAGGUGUAUCAUUUGCUGUUACAAAAUCUUUGGUUGUUGAAUAAGGACCCGUUUACAGUGACAGUACAGGCGGCUAACAAGCACUGAAGCUAGGCCUAUGUUGUCUUGACUCUUGAUAGCAAGGACAAUGAUAUUAGUAUACCCAGAUGGUCAACAAAUAAAAUGAUAAAAAAUAUAUUUUAAUCGGCUUGUCCUAGGGUUAGCCGUCAUCGGCUAGGUAAUGUACGCGACAACUGUUUCAACGAUCUAGUUAAAUAGUGUUAGCUUGAAGUUGCAAUGGCUGCGUUACUUUUGCAACGUUAUGGCAAGUCAUGUAACGUUAAGCAUAUUAAAGGAAGUCAAAUUUGGACAUUGAUAUCUCGUCACAGAAACAGUGCCUCAGGAAAUCUAGACCGUGUCACCAGUAGAAUCUUUCAACGAAAGCUGGAAUCGGGGUCUUGUUGCAAAGAGCCUUUGAAACCUAAAUUACUUGAGACAUUACCUCUACAAACGAAUCGUGAGUUCAAAUCAAUUUAUACCGAGCUCAACACACCGUUGUAUCCAAGAAUACUAGGGAUCACCAGGGCAUUGCAUGGAAAUCAACAGAUACUGAACCAAGGUGGAUUAUGGAAGAUAUUAGGUGGCCUUCAUUACUUUAGCACCUCUCAGUCACGUAAAGAGAAGAAAGAUGGAGGCAAGGGCAAGACUCCUGAGGAAGAUGAAGAGGAUAAGAAACGUCGAGAACAAGAGGACCAAAUGUAUCGCGAGCGCCUGCGUACCCUCUUUAUCAUUGCACUCAUCAUGAGUGUCCUCAAUUCCAUCAACACCAGUGGGGGAAACAUCUCCUGGAAUGACUUUGUGCAUGAGAUGCUGGCAAAAGGAGAGGUGUUGCGUGUGCAGGUGGCUCCUGAGAGUGACGUUGUGGAGAUCUUCCUCCACCCUGGAGCAGUCAUCUUUGGAAGACCUAGGCUGGCCCUGAUGUAUCGCAUGCAGGUGGCCAACAUUGACAAGUUUGAAGAGAAGCUACGCGCAGCUGAGGAGGAGCUCAACAUCGAUAUCAAAGACAGAGUCCCCGUUACAUACAGACGCACUGGUUUCUUUGGAAAUGCGCUGUAUGCCCUUGGCAUGGCUGCGAUUGGGGUAGCCAUCCUCUGGUACAUCUUCCGACUUGCAGGCAUGGGAGGCAGAGAAGGAGGCUUCAGUGCUUUUAAUCAGCUAAAAAUGGCCAAGUUCACUAUUGUUGAUGGUAAAUCGGGAAAGGGUAUCAGCUUCAAGGAUGUUGCAGGGAUGCAUGAAGCGAAGAUGGAAGUGAAAGAGUUUGUUGACUAUUUAAAGUGCCCAGAUAGGUACCUCCAGCUGGGGGCCAAGGUCCCCAAGGGUUCCUUGCUGCUGGGGCCUCCAGGGUGUGGGAAGACCCUCCUGGCAAAGGCAGUGGCAACUGAAGCACAAGUGCCUUUCCUUGCCAUGGCCGGGUCUGAGUUUGUUGAAGUCAUUGGAGGUCUCGGUGCUGCCAGAGUCCGAAGUUUGUUUAAAGAGGCACGUUCCCGGGCCCCCUGUAUCGUCUACAUAGAUGAGAUUGAUGCUGUGGGAAAGAAGCGCUCCACCAAUGUGUCUGGCUUCUCCAACUCCGAGGAAGAGCAAACGCUCAAUCAGUUACUGGUCGAGAUGGACGGAAUGGGAACCACAGACCAUGUGAUUGUUUUGGCCUCCACAAACCGGGCAGACAUUUUGGACAAUGCACUUAUGAGACCCGGGAGGUUAGACAGACAUAUUUUCAUUGACCUCCCCACCUUACAGGAGAGGAAGGAGAUCUUUGAGCAGCACUUGAAGAUUCUCAAGCUCACACAGCCGGCCAACUUCUACUCCCUCCGCCUGGCUGAGCUCACCCCAGGGUUCAGUGGUGCCGACAUUGCCAACAUCUGUAAUGAGGCUGCCUUACACGCUGCCAGAGAAGGAUUCAAGUCCAUCGACACGUUCAACUUUGAGUAUGCAGUGGAGAGGGUCAUUGCAGGAAGUGUAAAGAAAAGCAAGAUCCUAUCCAAAGAGGAGCAGAGAGUGGUUGCUUUCCAUGAGUCUGGUCAUGCUUUGGUUGGGUGGCUGCUUGAACAUACCGAGGCAGUCAUGAAGGUGUCCAUUGCCCCCAGGACCAAUGCUGCCCUGGGGUUUGCCCAGAUCCUGCCCAGGGACCAGUACCUCUUCACCAAAGAGCAGCUGUUUGAGCGGAUGUGCAUGGCGCUGGGCGGACGAGCAUCCGAGGCCAUCACAUUCAACAAAGUCACCACAGGUGCUCAGGAUGACCUGAGGAAGGUGACACGGGUGGCCUACUCCAUGGUGAAGCAGUACGGCAUGUCACCCAGUGUGGGUCAGGUGUCUUUCCCAGACACGGAGGAGCAGGGAGCCAUCGGACGCCGGCCCUUCAGCCAGGGCCUCGCGGAGCAGAUUGACCACGAGGCCAAAAUGCUGGUGGCUCGUGCAUACAGACAGACAGAAAAGCUGCUUCUGGACAACAGGGAUAAACUCAUAGUGCUGGCCAACACAUUGCUGGAACGUGAAGUAGUGAACUAUGAGGACAUUGAGGCUCUGCUCGGCACCCCACCGCAUGGGCCCAAGAAGAUGAUAGCCCCACAGACCUGGCUCGAGGCUGAGAAGGACAAGCAGGACACUGGGGAGGACGAGCCUCGCGAGCCCCCAACGCCUCCCAGGAAGGAUGGUGACGACGACUACAACCUCGCGUGAACUCUGUCUGGGGGACUUGCCCAAGGCACAGGACUGGCUUCGUGGUGCUAGAGAUGUUCCCUAGAUGGCCGCUUUUUUAUGUUGCCAGCCGACAUACUCUUAUUGCAGUGAACUGAUCUUUGCAGAUAGUUUUUUUUUGCGACUGAAAAAGAACAAAGGUAAGGUUCCUACCAUACUGUCCGUUGAACUGAACGAAUGGAAUGGAAAAUAAUUAUAACUUUUUCUGUUUUAAUUGAAUGUAAUGGGCGAUUUGUACAGGAAACAUUGUUUGUACAGAGAAGGGAAGAGAGAACAGAAUGCAAUAAUUAGCCAAAUAUGGUCCUGAAAGGAUUAAGCUCCUUUGUAGAGAUUACACAACCGUUCCAUGGUUUCGAUAUUCAGGUUUAUGUUUUUCCUAACUUAGUGUUACCUGCAAAGAACGAGAUUGCAGAACGAGAUUGCUGCAUUCAGAUAUUCCAAAUACCAUACAAAAAGGAAUAUUAUCACUGUGGAUGCCAAGUGUUUUCAGUGUGAGGAAAAACGUAUUCAAGAGCUUCAGAUUUGGCUGCUUGAAUGUUUUUUUUUUAAGAGGAGAACAUUGGUAGGCUAUAAUGCAGACAUACUGUAUUGCGCCCAAAUCAAACAAAGCUGUAUAAUGUGUGUGUUCAAAUAAAUCCUAAGAAGUGUA